AUGAUUCUCCUCAUCACGAAUGCUGUCCGGUUUCUCUGGAUUCGCUACUUGUUCAAUGACUGCUUCGAGUUUUGCUCCAGUCUUGCCUUUUGGGACCCCAUCAUCGACCGCUUCCCUGACAGAAAUUCAAGUAGUGUCUCUUUUGGGACUCCAUCUGUGUUUACACAAUCGAAUCAACGAGGAAAUUUAUUCUCUCCAGGCUUCCAAACUUCAUCGCCUUUAUCUAAUACUCCAACGAAGGUUACAUUUGGCACCCCGUCAUUAAACGUUCACGGGACUUCAACUUCUGGUGGAUCGACGGCCACAAUAUCAACAUUUAACUCAGGCGGAUUUAACUCAGCACCUCCAACCUUAUUUUCUUCUGCCUCAUCAUGGGCAACCAAUUCAAUCUCUACCACGCCAGUGAAACUUAACCCAUUUGUAGUACCAACCACUUCAAACUCUACGACGCCUGUGCAACCGAACCCGUUUGGAGUACCAGCCACUUCAAACUCUACCACGCAGGUGCAACAGAACCCAUUUGCACUACCAACCACCUCAAACUCUGUCACGCUGGUACAACCGAACCCAUUUGGAGUACCAACCAUGUCAAACUCUACGACGUCAGUGCAGCCUAACCCAUUUAGAGUACCAACUACUUCAAAAUCUACCAAGCCUGUGCCGAACCCAUUUACAAUACCAACUACUUCAAACUCUGCCACGCCGGUGCAACUGAACACAUUUGGAGUACCAACCACUUCAAACUCUGCCACGCCAGUGCAACCGAACCCAUUUGGAGUACCAACCUCUUCAAAAUCUACCACGCCUGUGCCAAACCCAUUUGGAGUACCAACCACUUCAAACUCUUCCACGCCGGUGCAACGGAACCCAUUUGGAGUACCAACCACUUCAAAAUCUACCACACCUGUGCCGAACCCAUUUGGAGUACCAGCCACUUCAAAAUCUACCAUGCUUGUGCUACCGAACCCAUUUGGAGUACCAACCACUUCAAACUCUGCCACGCCAGUGCAACCAAACCCAUUUGGAGUACCAACCACUUCAAAGCAUAGUUACAGAAUUCGCUCAGAUACCUUCGAAUUUCGUAUUGGUACAAAACGUACCGAACGCAAUACGAAAACGUUCCAAACGAUGCGGGUACGUCGAACCGAGUCGAUAGGGUACUGUGAACCGAGUUGGCAGGGUACGACGAACUGA